AUUUAGAUUCUGUCAUACAUUUCUGACUAGUACCAAUUCCAUGGCUAUACGUUUCAUGUUAUUCCCAAACUUAUUGAAAAAUUUGACUCUGGACGAAUCAAAUUAUUAUUGUUGUGUUUUCUCAGAUUAUGGCAAGUGAUCCCCAGCUGAAAUCCGGAUGGCUAUUGAUGACCAUUCCGAAGGCUCUUAAGACGUACCUCAAGAUGAUAGAGAAAGUACAUGAGAGAUUUCAUGUUAUACACUGGGAGGAGUUCUGCUUGGAGGUUGAGCAGUAUGCACCUAGGAUAGAUGCUAUGCUCGUGACGUCCUACGACAUGCCAAAGCUAUCCCCAGAACUUUUGGAUCGGAUGACAAAAUUAAAGUCAGUUGUUACCGUAACUACUGGCACAGACCACCUUGACCUUGCGCUGCUCCGGAAGUACAACAUCAGGGUUUGUACUGGGGCAGGUACGAACAGCGAUGCAUGUGCUGACAUGGCCUUCAAUCUACUGCUCUCCGCUGCAAGGAGAAACUCGGAAGUUGUCGACCUAGCUCAUCGCUUCGCGGCCAGAUCAGAGACUGUGAUGGAAGAAACCUUCCACUUCCUGGGCCACGAAGUGACCGGUUCGACCCUUGGCAUUAUCGGUAUGGGAGGCAUCGGUUACGAGGUCGCGAGAAGAGCUAUAGGAUUCAAGAUGAAAACCCUUUACUACAACCGGAAUAGAAGGUCUAAAGCCGAUGAAGACGAAGUGAAGGCAGAAUACUGUCCUUCGCUAGAUAAUCUACUUCCUCAGGUGGAUUACCUGAUGCUGUCUCUUCCUUUGACAGAAACAACUCGUCACAUCAUCGGGAAAGAUCAGCUUCAAAGAAUGAAACCAAACGCAAUCAUCAUAAAUGUCGCUCGAGGAGAAUUAAUAGACCACGAUGACCUGACUGACGCACUUCGAAGCCGUACCAUCGCCGGAGCAGCCCUUGAUGUGACUGAGCCAGAGCCGUUGCCUCCAAAUCAUCCACUGCUUACGAUGAGCAACGUCAUCAUAACACCUCAUUGCAGUGCUUUCACCAAGGAUGUUGGGAAAAGAAUGUUUCAGAGAAUUAUGCACAAUCUAUCAACAUCACUCGCAACGACUUAAGCAUCAUGAUAUCUACUUACCUAUAAAACGCCACGACAUUUAUCCUCAUUUGAAGAAAGAUUUAGAGUCAAUCGCAUUUUUAAAUCCAAUGGUAUGUUUUGAAGGAAUAGUUAGCUACGAUGAUUACAGCUCGUUAUUUCGACUGUUCGAUGCUCAGAAAGUUCAUUAAUCCGAAGGUUUGAUCAUCCAAAGGUUUGUAAUUCCGAAAACGAUCUAAGGUUCGUUCUUCCGAAGGUGCGAAUAUAUCCCUGCAAUACGACAUUCAAAAUGUAAUCCGAAAGUUCGCUGAUUUGAAGGUUCCGAAAGCGAAGUAAGGUUCGUUAUUCCGAAGGUUCGAUAGUCCAAAAGAAAUAAUAACGACUCAUACAAUUGGAUUUUUUCGCAUUACAAAACUUAACUCUUUAUUUUGGUCUCACAAAUCCUCGGAAUAAUUUUAUAUAAUUGUCGGAUUAACGAACCUUUAGAAUAACGAAAUGGUAGUUGUAAACUAUGACUUACGUCUCUUGGAGAGAUAUUAACAUUUAUCGUUUUUGUAAUAUUAAAUUUUCUAUUUUGCCUUUUUUUGUUAUCUAUUUUAUUUAUUUAUUUCAAAUCUUUAUCUAGGGCCAGUGUCAUUAUCUAGGUGGAUCAGAUGCCCAUACACUAACUCACGAUAAUACGCGUGUUUUCAUAUCCUUGCUUUACGCUUGUCGGGUGACAAGAUUGCCAAUAAAAAUACACCCCUCCCUCCCUCUUUCCACUACCCAUCCCCCGGAGGAGUGAAAAAACAGUCAAAUGUAUUGUAUUGUAUUUAUUUUCUGUCAAUUACAAACAAUAUCGAUGAUAUAUAUUUACGAUCCAUAAAGAAAAAUCAAUAAAAAAAGACGGAGGGAUUGCCCUACUCAGCGUUGACAUGAUAUCGACGCUGUUUUACUGAGGGGUCCCUAACAUAGAUUAACAUGUAAACAUAUAAAGAAGGAAAGAAAAAAAAAUAGUCGACUUACAAUAAAAGACAUUAAAAAAGUUUGAAAUAGCUAAGAAAAAAUUUACAAUAUAUACACAAUAUAAAAUAGAGGUCUGAACUGAAGGCUACAGAAAGUCAGGGCCUUUUUAAAUGAAUCGAUAUUUUCCUAUAAUUUCAUGUGGUCGGGAGAUCGGGAAGAGUAUUAUAGUGGAGGUGCCGUGGCCGAGUGGUCUAAGUCGCCUGCUGGAUCCAAGGAUCUGGGGUUCGAUUCCCAGCACAACACUUAUGCCCUUCAGCAAGGCAUUUCAUUCACAUUGCUGUUUUAUCGUAUAUCAAAUAAAUGAAAAUGUUACAUGCAUUAUGACUACCAUUGUGUGGGCUUGUGUGUUUAAAAAAAAUGCGAUUCACCUCGGUAUUGGAUAGUACGACGAUAAUCUGUUUUGGGUUUGGGUAAAGCAAAGUUAUGAGAAUUACAGAGUGAAUAAUGAUGGGAUAAUAUAUAGUCGAAACAUUUUAGACAUGACAGGGGACAAUUCAUGGACUGAUUUAUAUACAAAAUAUUUCUUGCGCCAUAAUAUUGCAAAACUGAACGAAUUUGUAAAUUGGAGAUUAUGAUCACGUGGGUGGACUUUCAUUAUUAUUUUACUUGCACAA